UUCUUUCUGCAUAGCCAGAAUUCUUCAUACAUCUCAUGGACCACUUUCAAUUCCUCAAUGAAUUCAUGUCGCUCGAAUUUUAUCACCCUUGGCUUUGCUACUGAAGGUCAUGACUCUUCGUUCCUCUCCAUCUAAAUUACUGCUCACUCUCACCUACAAUUGUCAUGCCUCACCCAGCAGCAGCAAAAAAAAAAAAAACACCAGAGCGAUUCAACCGCUUCAAACCAUCGCUCCAGGCCAAACUCCAAUGGGAAUGCCCGUUCCGCUCUCAUUCAAUUCCAUUCCACUCGAUGCGUCUCAGUACAUCUGUCCUCUCGCAUAAUUUAAUAGUUGAUCUUCCGAACCGGUGACAACUGUGGUAAGGGAUUGUUUACCAAGAC